AUUACGGAAUAAAUUCGAAUUUGAUAAGUUACUUGACAGGCCCUCUCGGCCAAUCCACUGCCACGGCGGCCGAGAACGCCAAUGCUUUGUCCGGGACUUGGCUUCUUGACCCUUUCAACAGUUUUUACCGCUUCCAAGUCAUCUGACUAUCAACAUGCAGCAAAUGCUAUGAAUUGUUCUCCUUCUGAGUUCCAAGUUAUCUUCUUCUUUUUUGCAUUGUACAUCAUAGCAGUAGCUGAAGGAGGGCAUAAGCCUUGUGUACAAGCUUUUGGAGCUGACCAAUUCGAUGGGCAAGAUCCUGAAGAAUGCAAAGCCAAAAGCUCGUUUUUCAACUGGUGGUAUUUCGGUAUGUGUGGGGCUAUAACAGUCACAUUAGUGGUUUUGACCUAUAUUCAAGAUAACCUUAGUUGGGGCCUUGGAUUUGGAAUUCCCUGCCUUGUAAUGGUUUUUGCACUCAUAUUGUUCUUGCUUGGGACUUUUACCUACCGAUUUUGCGUCACAAGUGAGGAGAUAAGCCCUUUUGUGAGAAUUGGGCAGGUAUUUCUGAAAGCAGCUAGGAAUUGGAGAAUCACCUCUUUAUCAUUAUCCGUGGAAGGGGAGUCUCAGGGCUUUCUGCCUUGCCAAGGUUCACAAGAGUUCAAGUUUCUGAACAAAGCAUUGCUAGCACCUGAGGGCUCAAAGGAAGGUGGCAAUGGUUGUAGUGUCAGGGAGGUUGAAGAGGCUAAGGCAUUUCUGAGGUUAUUUCCGAUUUGGGCCACAUGUUUGGUCUAUGGAAUUGUAUUUGCGCAAUCAUCCACUGUGUUUACAAAGCAAGGUGCUACAAUGGACAGAUCUAUUAGUCCAAGCCUUGAACUACCAGCUGCAUCGCUGCAGUCUGUUGUCACUCUUUCGAUAGUUGUGUUUAUACCUAUAUACGACCGAAUCUUAGUCCCUAUUGCAAGGGCUAUAACCUCAAGACCUUCAGGUAUAACAAUGCUGCAGCGAAUUGGAAUUGGAAUACUUCUGUCAACUGUUUCUAUGUGUAUAGCUGCUGCGGUUGAGAUGAAGCGUCUUGAAAUGGCUCAAGAGUAUGGGUUGGUUGAUAAACCAGAGGCAACAAUUCCUAUGAGUGUGAUCUGGAUGAUACCUCAAUACUUAAUUCUGGGAGUAUCUGAAUCACUUACCAUGGUUGGUUUGCAAGAAUUUUUCUAUGAUCAAGUGCCUAAUCAAUUGAAAAGUACAGGUCUGGCUCUAUACCUCAGUAUCUUAGGGAUAGGAAGCUUUCUGAGCAGCUUUCUCAUUUCUGUAAUUGACAAAGCCACAAGCAGGCAUGGACAUCAGAGUUGGUUCUCGGACAACUUGAACAAAGGACACCUGGAUUACUUUUACUGGCUCCUUGCCGGACUUAGUGCUAUUGCAUUAACUGCUUACCUAUAUUUUGCAAAAUCCUAUGUUUAUAACAGAGGAGGAAGUAAUAUAUGAAGUUGCCUGCCAUGUCUAUCCUGCUCAAUGGUUUGGUAGAAAGGAGACGACAGUACAGGAUGUAAGACAUUUAUAUGGAAAGUGUUUAUAUAAACCAUGAUGGCAAAAUGAUGGACGGACAUUGGUAAGAAAACGGGACUUUUCCCCUUUGCCA